AUAAGAGAUCUGUGUUCUUUUAAAACUCUCUUCGUUUCCUUGAAUUCAUGAUUCCUUUCCUCCUCCGCUAUGGCUAUGGCUUUCCUGUAAUCCGUAAAGCUUAUGCAUCCUCGCUUGUGCUGUCGUACCACCGUGGCUGCGCAAAAUCCUGUGGCGGCUCCUCCACCAGGUCCGCCGUUAGCAACCUUCCUCAACAUGUCUCCGUCUCCGCCGCGGUCGCCCCGUGCGGCCUCCACGCCGUGGCGUCGGGCCCAGCUCCGGCUGCGCUCCAUCUCCGAGGCUCACCGGAGGUCCACCCCUCAGAAUCCGCUGCCCUCCGUGAAGAUCAAAGAAAUGGUGGGGAAUGGAAUCUCCGGAAUACUGUACAAGUGGGUGAAUUACGGGAGGGGAUGGCGGCCCCGCUGGUUCGUCCUCCAAGACGGGGUACUCUCCUAUUACAAAAUUCACGGUCCCCGUAAGAUCGUCACCAAUACGCAGACGGAGAAGGGCUCUAUGGUUAUCGGUCAGAAAUCGUUGCGUCGAAUCAAUAGUUCUAAACUCCCCUCUUCUUCCAAAUCCCUCCGCCGCAAACCCUGUGGUGAGAUCCACCUUAAGGUGUCUUCUGUGAGGGAAAAUAAAUCAGACGAUCGAAGGUUUUCAUUAUAUACUGGGAUGAAGACUCUGCAUUUGAGGACAGAGUCAAGGGAUGACCGAAUUCAAUGGGUUGAAGCAUUGGUUGCAGCUAAGGAGAUGUCUCCUCGAGUGCCAAAUGGUGAACUUCUUCUAAUGACUCAAAUGAAUGAUAAUCUGGCUGUGUCAACUGAGAAGCUCAGAAGGCGCCUGAUGGAGGAGGGCAUUAGUGAGGCUGCAAUUCAGGACAGUGAGCAGAUCAUGAGGAGUGAAUUUGCAGCUUGGCAUAAAGAUUUAUUGCUGCUCAAGCAUAAGGAGCUCGCGCUGGUUGACAAAGUGCGCCAGUUGGAGGCAGAAAAAGUUGAUCUUGAAAAUACACUCGUUGAUGAGAGCCAAAGACAGGCAUACGAUGCUCAUUUCCAGGACAAAUUUAGAGAAGGAAGCAUAAAUGAAUCAGAUGAUGACAGUCAUGACACUGAUAGGUAUCAUGCAAUAGAGGAAGAAAGUGAUGAUGAUGAUGAUGACAUGUUUGCUGAUGCUCGAGACUUUCUUUCUUCUAAUCCAGUGAGAGCCGGUGGGAAUGAUGAUGGAAAAUCAUCAUCCGAAAACGAUGAUGAAGGAAAUCAUCCUUCUGAAGGUGGAGUAUCAGUUGAAAAUAAAUAUCCUAAUGUGAGUCGUAGAAAGAAAUUGCCAGACCCAGUUGAAGAAGAGAAGGGAGUAAGCCUGUGGUCAAUGAUCAAAGAUAACAUUGGGAAGGAUCUUACUAAAGUAUGUCUUCCAGUAUAUUUCAAUGAACCGCUCUCUUCUCUGCAGAAAAGUUUUGAAGAUUUUGAAUACUCUUAUCUUCUUGACGAAGCAUAUGAAUCUGGAAAAGUGGGUAACAGCCUUGCAAGGAUACUUAAGGUAGCAGCAUUUGCUGCAUCUGGAUACGCUUCCACUGAUGGAAGACAUUGCAAGCCAUUUAAUCCCUUACUUGGUGAGACCUAUGAAGCUGAUUACCCUGACAAGGGGUUACGAUUCAUCUCGGAGAAGGUUAGUCAUCAUCCAAUGAUCCUUGCAUUCCACUGCGAAGGCCGGGGAUGGAAACUUCGGGCAGAUUGCAAUUUAAAGAGUAAGUUUUGGGGUAGAUCCAUUCAGCUUGAUCCUGUUGGUAUCCUUUCAUUGGAAUUUGAUGAUGGAGAAGUAUUUAAGUGGAGCAAGGUAACAACUUCUAUAUACAACCUCAUUUUAGGAAAAAUCUACUGUGAUCAUUAUGGUACCAUGUCUAUCCAAGGAAAUCGCAACUACUCCUGCAGGCUAAAGUUCAAGGAGCGGUCUCUCAUUGAUCGAAACCCUCACGAGCUAAAUGGAGUUGUACAGAAUAAUGGAAAGACAGUGGCAACACUCUUUGGGAAAUGGGACCAGAGCAUACAUUACUGCCAGGAUGAUUGUUUAGGGAAAGAUAAAGGACCAGUUUCAAUGUUGAAUGCAGAAUUGCUGUGGAAGCGCAGCAAACCAUCAAAAUGCAAAAGCAAAUACAACUUCACCAGCUUUGCAAUCACCCUUAACGAAUUGACUCCAGGGCUAAAGGAGAAAUUGCCACCAACAGAUUCAAGACUCAGGCCUGAUCAAAGAUUUCUUGAAAAUGGCGAAUAUGAAAUGGCUAACUCAGAAAAGUUGCGCCUGGAGCAAAGGCAGCGCCAGGCUGUUAAGAUGCAAGAAAGCGGAUGGAAACCAAAGUGGUUUUCAAAACAAAAGGACAGCGAUAUGUACCGGUAUAUUGGUGGAUAUUGGGAGGCCAAAGAGCAUGGCAACUGGGGAACAUGCCCCAAUAUCUUUGGUGAAGUAUCUACCAUUUGAUCUGCAACUUAUCCAAUUCAUGUAGGUUUUGUCGUGACCUCAACAUUUUCUGAGGUCAUAGGAUAAGCAAGAUAGUCUUGAAAUACAAAAACUGAAUACCACACAACAAUUUGUAGAUAGAUGUAAUGUUGGUGGUCUGGUAGGAAGGAGAAUUCCCAUUUUUAGUAGACAUAGAAAUCAAAAUUUCUGUGUUCAAAUUUCUUGUUCCAUUGAGUACAGAUAAUGUAUUAUCCAGCUUACUGUAAAGACAACUGUGAACAACCUGUUGUAUAUAUGAAUCAAUACAAUUUA